UUUUAGAUAAAAGCUUCGAAAGAGGUAUAUAAGCGUUCUUCUAGAGAGAAACUUUUUUAGUUUCGAUUCAAGUUUAAGCAAGAUCAGGUAUGGCACCUGGAAACUACAAAUUUGUGGCCGUUCUCGGCCUACUGGCCUUCUGCGUUGGAGUUGUUAGACCAGCCAACAUUCUUGGUGUCUUCACAAGCAACAGUCCAUCACACAACAUUAUUCACAUGUCAUACGUCAGGGCCAUGGUAGAACGUGGUCAUAAUGUGACAGUGCUAACAGCACUUCCCUUAAAGGAUAAAAAUCCAAAAUAUCAUCAUAUCCUCAUACCACAAACCGAACAAAGAAAACAAGAAAUAGCUGAAGCCAAAGCUAAUGCUAAGAAGCCUAACCGAGGUUUUAUCGAAUCAUUUAAAAGUGGAUUAAGUGGUGUAUUUGGAUUUGCCCCUAUGCAAGCUGAUCCAAUAAAAGAUCAACGUUUCCAAGAUUUUCUGAAUAAUCCGGAUAAUAAAUUUGAUCUUGUUAUAAUUGGAUAUUUCUUCAAUGAUUUUCAUUUUGGACUUGGUGCACAUUUUAAGUGUCCAAUUGUUAUCAGUUUCAUGUCAGCAACAACUAAUUUAUUAGAUCGUUAUAUUGGAAAUCCACCAGAAAUUGCCUAUGUUCCAGCUUCGCCAUUGUUCGCACCACCAGAUCCAACGAAAUUUACAGGAAGAUUGGGUAAUUUUAUUACCAAUUUCUUUUUGAGAAUAUUCUCAUAUUUCUUGGAUAAACAAGCUGGAAAUCUUUACAACGAAUUAUUCCCUCCUUCAAAAUACCCAUCGUUUGAAGAAACGAAGAAGAAGGUUUCACUGGUUUUGUGUAACUCUCACUUUACUGAUGGAGUAAUUCGUCCAAAUAAUCUUCAAAAAAUCUUCAACGCUUCUUCAGAACAUGGAGUAAUUUAUCUAAGUUUCGGAUCAAAUAUCAAAGCUUCUGAUAUGAACCCUCAACUUUAUCAAAUUAUUUUCAAAGCUUUAGCUGGUCUCAAGCAAACAGUUCUCUGGAAAUGGGAUGCUGCUGAGAAACCCGGAAAUGCUCCAAAUAUCUUCUAUGAGUCAUGGCUUCCUCAAGACGACCUUCUUACCAAUCCAAAUGUAAAACUCUUCAUCACUCACGCUGGCAAAGGAAGUGUUACCGAGUCACAAUAUCAUGGUGUUCCAAUGGUAGCAAUACCAUUUGCUGCUGAUCAAAUUUCCAACGCUGCUGCAGUCGCUAGAGACGGAUUUGGUGUACAACUUGAUCAAAAAACAAUGACAGCUGAGGAGUUACGAGCUGCAGUUUUGGAAGUAUUGGAGAAUCCAAAAUUCAUUAAAAAAGUUAAGCAAUUUUCGACACUCUAUCGAGAUAGACCAAUGCAUGCUAAGGAUACGGCUGUCUUUUGGUUGGAGUAUGUGCUAAGACAUAAAGGUGCUUAUCAUAUGCAAAGUCCUAAUGUACAUUUGAAUGCAUUCCAAUAUUUAAGUUUGGAUGUUAUAGGUUUUCUAGUUUUAGUUGUAUUUUUAGUUUAUAAGUCAAUUACUAUUCCAACUAAGUUUAUUUAUAGAAAAGUCUUCGCAAAGAAGCAACCUAAAAUUAAGACAAAUUAAAAAAUUGUGAUUAAUCUAAACUUUUGUUUUAUUCUGAGAACCUUUGUUAAAGCUUUGUACAUGC